GUUGACUUUUAGCCUCCUGUGUCCUGGUUGGGUGGAUGUUUGAGGCGGAGCAAAGGUUGUGUCUGCAUAUGGAGAUCUGAACUUCUUGUCUUUUUCCCAGGCUUGUGUUGAUUAGCUCGGAUUCCAUAAUGGCUGAUGUACCAAUCGCGAAUGGAGAUCAUAAGGAUACUGACCUCUGGGCUUCUCAUAAUAAGAUGGUACUGGAACCACUAAAUACAAAUGAUCCAGAGGUGUAUGAAAUUAUCAAGAAGGAGAAAAAACGGCAGACAUAUGGUUUGGAAUUAAUUGCAUCAGAAAAUUUUGCCAGCCGAGCUGUUCUGGAGGCCUUGGGUACCUGUCUAAACAACAAAUACUCAGAAGGAUAUCCUGGGCAGAGGUAUUAUGGUGGGACUGAGUUUGUGGAUGAGCUAGAGAGACUCUGUCAGAAGAGGGCUCUGGAACUUUACAGUUUGGACCCAGAGAAAUGGGGAGUCAAUGUUCAGCCGUAUUCAGGCUCCCCUGCAAACUUCGCAGUUUACACAGCCUUAGUGGAGCCCCAUGGAAGGAUCAUGGGAUUGGAUCUUCCUGAUGGGGGCCACUUAACACAUGGUUUUAUGACUGACAAGAAGAAAAUUUCUGCUACUUCUAUUUUCUUUGAGUCCAUGCCAUACAAGGUAAAUCCAAAGACUGGUUAUAUUGACUAUGAUCGACUUGAAGAAAAUGCCCGGCUUUUCCAUCCCAAACUCAUUAUUGCAGGUGUCAGCUGCUAUUCUCGAAAUCUGGACUAUGCCAGAAUGAAGAAGAUAGCAGAUGAGAAUGGGGUAUGGCUGAUGGCAGACAUGGCCCACAUCAGUGGACUGGUAGCGGCUGGUGCUGUACCCUCACCAUUUGAACUCUGUGAUAUUGUUUCCACAACUACUCAUAAAACUUUGCGAGGUUGCAGAGCUGGCAUGAUCUUCUACAGGAAAGGAGUUCGCAGUGUGGAUCCAAAGACUGGUAAAGAAAUUAUGUAUAACCUAGAAGGACCAAUUAACCAGGCAGUAUUCCCAGGAUUACAGGGUGGACCUCAUAACCAUGCUAUUGCAGGUAUUGCUGUGACACUGAAACAAGCCAUGACUCCAGAAUUUAAGGCCUAUCAGAAGCAGGUUGUAGCCAAUUGUAAGGCGCUCUCUGCAGCCAUGAUGGACCUGGGCUACAAUGUUGUCACUGGUGGCUCAGACAAUCAUUUAAUCUUGGUGGACCUUCGUAACCGUGGAACAGAUGGCGGGAGAGCUGAGAAGGUGUUAGAGGCCUGUUCUGUAGCUUGCAACAAGAACACUUGCCCAGGAGAUAAAAGCGCCUUGCGGCCUAGUGGUCUUAGACUUGGCACACCUGCUCUAACAUCCAGAGGACUAUUGGAAGAUGAUUUCCGAAAAGUAGCUCAAUUUAUUCACAGAGGUAUUGAGAUCACUCUCCAGAUUCAAAAUGACAUGAACCCCAAAGCUACGCUGAAGGAGUUUAAGGAAAAGCUAGCUCAGGAAGAGAAUUACCAGACAAAAUGCAAACUAGUGAGAGAGGAGGUGGAAACAUUUGCAGCAAAGUUCCCCAUGCCUGGUGUACCGGACUUGUAAAAUGUUGCCUUGAAGUCCUGUCAUAAGUGAAGGAAUGAGACGUCGGCUUGCAUAUCAGCUUAUACUUCAUCCAUUUGAUUUUUUUUCUUCCUGUCUGUGCCACGUGCAUAUGUAUGCAAGAAAAGAAUUCUAUUUUUAGCCAGUUGUCUCUCAUCUGAUGUAACACGUGGUUAAUGUUGAAACUAGCAACACCAACAGAGGAUGUAGAAUAAGCAGUAGAAAUGAAUGGAUCUGAGUUUCUGUUCCACUUUUAAUGGAUGCCGCGUUUUAGCUGAGAAUUGGAGAUCUAGUAUCCAGCAAUUAAAGUGAAUUAUAUGUAAUAGUUGUUUUAGUGGUUUUCUGCUUAAAUGUGAUAAUGUAAAGUGCGCUACAAAGUAAUAAACUGAAAAUUACUUUUUGCAGUGGAAUUAUACUUUAGAGCAUGACUUCUAAGGGCACAGAAAAUAAAAUGGUUGUUGAUUUCCUGA